UUGACGGCGGCUGCAGGCGAGAAAGGUGAGUCUCAGUGGAAAGAAUAAAAAACAAGUGGGGAGGAAAGAAAGACUGGAGACGUAUAGAAGCGAGUUGGUGAAAGUCUAGACAGUUAAAUUGCAGUGGGCAGCGGAGAGCCGGCAGCAGGAGCGACUGUGGGCGUGGAGAGAGGAAGUGCGGUCGACAGGAGGAGGAAUUUAGUCUCAUUGUUCUGGAAGAGCAGAGGCAGAGAGAGCCGAGGAGCCGAGGAGUCGACCCGCCGACAGACGCCGGACAACAUGGACCUGAGCUCAGCCGUGGAGAAGAUGUCUGUAAAGCAACGUGCAGGAGGAGAAAAAGGUGCAGUGAAGUGUCUUAUAUGUAAAGAGAGCUGCUCUGGAUUUCAGCCACAUUCUUGGAGGAAAGCCUGCAUGACGUGCGGCUGCUGCAUGGUCGACCACGCUCCUGGAAGCGACCUCGAGGAUGACCAGCGAAUGGGACGCCUGCUCGCAGACUCGCCGUACUGCCAUUUGACAGCAAAGGUCAAAGGAGGUGGUGGCCUCCGCAUGUACAAGAGAAACCGAAUGAUUGUGACAAAUCCUGUGGUGUCACGCAAAGACCCAACCUUCAACACCACCACAUACGACUGGGCCCCGGCCGGCCUCAACCAGAAACUGGCCAUGCAGUACAUGGAACUACUCCCAGAGAGUCAACGUCCGGUCUCUGGGACCCAAGGAGCGCUGGAGCGACGCAGGCAGCUCCUCAGCCAACUCCCUGAUUAUGAUCAGGACCCCAUGAAGUGUCAGAGCCUGGCCACAGAGGAGGAGAUUUCCACCAUGCUGCUGUUUGUGAAGCAAUACAAACAGGAGGUGCUGGGAGUGGGAGAAGUGGCUUUACCUGGUGAAGGUGACGCUCUGCAGGAAGCAGCCGUUCAGAGGACAGCAAAGGAGAGCAAGGAUCGCGGCGACAAGAAGGACGCCGGCGAACACAAGGAACACAGCUUAACCAAUAACAGCACCGCGUCCACUACCGCUUCCACAAAUGGAACCGAUGAGAACAAAAAGACGGAGCAUUGUGUCGGUUGCCAUGGUGAGGUUGCCAAGGAGAGCCCAGCUGUUUAUGCCGAGCGCGCAGGUUACCACGGCGCCCUGUGGCAUCCCACUUGCUUUGUGUGCUCAGAGUGCGGCCAGGGUUUGGUAGACCUGGUCUACUUCUGGUCCAAUCAGAAGCUGUACUGCGGGCGACACUACUGUCAGACGGUGUGGCCACGGUGCUCAGGCUGUGACGAGCUGAUCUUCUGCAAGUCUUUCCUCACAGCGAAAGAUGGACGCACAUGUCAUCCUCAUCAUUACUGCUGCUGGAAGUGUGGGCAAAACCUGGAUACGCCCUGUCAACACUGAUGCCCGGGCACGAAAUGCCACAGUCAACAAAAUAUGGUUUAAAAACAGAAGAAAGAAACAAAAAAAAACUGAAUUAGGAGAUAGUGAAGCAGCACCGAAGACAGAAAAGGUCAAACUAUAUCAAUCAUGUUCAUUUUGACAGGUCGUUCAGCUUUCUUUACAUAAAGCAAAUUGAAUAAGGGACAGCUAAAUAAUACGGGACAAGUAGAAAGUAUUUAAAUUGCAUGCUCAGUUGACAUAUUAGUAUUUUAACUGAGUCCUACAAAGACAAAGUGUCCAGCUGAUUCACUGGUGUUUAAAAUACUUUGGGCAUUUAGCUGACACUGAAGUAAUCAAAGACUUAUUCAGUCGAGCCUACUGGUGUUUUGAGCCCGGAAGAAAAUGUUUAGCUCAUACAAAAGUGUUUAAAGUACUUAAAGGAGUAUUUUGUUGAUUUAUGAGCACUUAAAGUACUGACAGUAACAGGAACCAGAUGUUGUGGUUUCAGCCAGCGGCUUCAUACAGAAUCCCGGAGCUAAGAGUUUAACAAAUAAGUAUAUAAUUAUAAAAUGAGUGUAUAUGAUCGAACUAGCUGAGUAAGAUUAACGCAGAAAUGCAGUUACUUGCUAGCUUACAAGUCCUUGUUAGUUUGGAAACUUAAAAAGGUCUUCAGCUGCAAGGGUUCAUGCCAAUACAGCAAACAACAUCUGUUCAGGAAUUGACUUUCCAGCUCAAUAAGUAGAUUCCUCCGGAUUUAUAUUGUUUUAUUCCAAAGUUUCUGUUUGAUAUACUUUGCAUGCGUGUUGAACUUUCUUUGUUCAUUUGAAAAUAGCAUGAAUUUAUAUUCUCAACAUUUGACGAUGGUUUAGCAGCAAAGAGUCAUGAAAAUAUUGAGACUUAAAAACAGGGUGGAGGACCGGAACACGACAUGAAAACCUGAUGUAGAUUCAUAGGUCUGUUUGAUACUUGCAUGAUUUGUAUUUUGAAGGGACGUACUUCAAAGCCCUUUUUAUUUUUGAAGCAUUUGGUGCCUUACAAGUUGUAUUUUGCGCUAACAGAUGAAUCUAUGUGCUUGUAUAAUGUCUGAAGCUUUUAGUGUCCUAACAGAAUCUAGAUUUUCUAUAAGAAAAUCCUAUUUUUGUAAUUCCACGGCAACAAUGUGCCUUUUUCCCCCCAGUAUUUUUUUGAAGAAAAUUCCUGAAAAUAAUAAAUUAUUUUAUGAAAAUUACUUUUUUCCCCUCAUUGCAGAUUCUGUUAAAGAAAAGAAUCCUGCCGAGGGGAAAAUACUUUUUUGUGUUGCAUGUUUUUCUUGUGUGUGUAAAGACAUUGUUUUGCUUUCAGCUGAGAUUUUUUCUUUUCUGGUUAAAAUUAAAUGCUUUAACUUAAUAAUAACACCAACAUACUGAAGGAAUAUAUCCCUUUACUGUAUGUCAGGACUGGGUCUUCGUAGGGUUUGUGCGUCACCAUUUUUUCCAGACAGAAAUAUUUUUAUAAGUUGCGUUAAACUUCAGAAAACUGGACGAGCAGAAAGUCGUAUUUCUAAUUAAUUAUUUAUAACAGUGGGUUUUAAUACCCAUCACUGUCUGAUUUAACUAAAUGCUAAUACUGUCUGUAAUUGUCUUUUUAUUCCUGUUAUUAUGUUUUGUUUCAGUAAAACUGCACAUGCAGUAGCAUAAACCUUUAACUCCUUUUAUGAACUUGCUGCUGCUAAAUGCUGCUUCAUGCUAGUUGUUUUCCUUAUAAAGUUGUGUUUCUGAUUAAAGAUUACAUUUUUUUUUUUUUUUUAAAACUUUGUCAAUAAUUUAACUUUUACAGAGAGGUUCAAAGCUACAAAUUCCUGAGUGUAUGUUCUCAAGUCAUAAAUAAAAUGUAGCCUGGAAGAAAAGGUAA